GGGCCGGGGCAUAAUACCUGCCUCUAUUUACCACUUUGCCCCGCUUCCUCAAAUCGAUCCCCUUUCUCCGUCCAAAUCGACUCCACUCGCCGCCGGGGCUUCCUUCCGUAAAACCCUCUCCCCUCCUCCUCCGCCGCCGCCCGGAGACAGAUGGUGCUGUGGGAGCUGACGGCGAUCACGGCCUACUUCCUCGGCCUCAGGCGCACCUACCGCCUCGCGCUCCGCGGCCAGCGCCUCCUCAUCGGCCCAAACCACCCCAAGGUCCGGGACUUCGUCUACAGGCGGACACGCUCUAUUUUCGCUGUUGCAGUCUCAGUGCACAAGAACAUCCAGGAGAGGGACAUUGAAGUUGGUCGGAACCUUGGGAACGCGAUCCUUCGCUGGCUUGACCGUAUGAAGCCCUCAGCUCAGAUUCGCCCCAACCCACCAGGCCUACCACACGGCCGCUCAGAGCAAUACAGGCAUCUCUCGAACAUGAACAAGGCUGCAGGAGCUCAGAAGCCCGCGUCCAAAACUUCAACACAUGAUUCUAGUGGGAAGAUGCUGUUUUCGCCUCUGAAUAUCCGGCCCAAGUCCUUCCCCAUCCUUCCCACGAUGAUGCAGUCCACAAGGAUCAGCGCGAGCAGCCAGUGCAGGCGAUUCUCCUCCUCGCCGUUCCCGUCUACCACCGCCAAAAGGAAGUACCUGAUGGAGGGCGUCUUCCGGAAGGACAUUGCUCAGCUGAUGAUGUAAGGAUAUGUAGUUUUACCCUUUUUUGGUUGUAAUUUGAAUAUCACUUGACUGAAAUUUGGCCUAGAACAGAGUUCUCACUAGUCCUCCUGUAAUAAUAAUCGAGUGAUGAACAGAAUCGUUGUUGCUCUAUACUACCAGUUCUUGGCCAAUAUAUUCUCUAACCAAUCAUCAUCAAACUCUAGCAUUUUGAUUU